CAGCACUCGAGUACAUUCGUCAGUCGAGCAACGGCAUGGGGUUGACUGAAAUCGAAGCAGCCGGAUGCCGUGAAAUCCUCAACUACCUGAACGAGCACAAGGUCCUCCGGAUAUUCGCCUGGAAGUUCGGCCUCGAGGAUCCGGCCAGCAUCGUGGCCUGCCUGGAGCGACAGCGACUGCUCAAGGGAUACGGAGACAGCAGUCACAUGUCCAUCCGGCAGAAGGCCAUCGACUACAUCGUCCGGGACGCGAGCAACCCGCUCGAGAUCCUCAGCAGGCAGGACGUCCGGAAGGAACACAUGAAGAAGUACCUGGAAUCCAGGAUGAUGGGUAAGGAGGCCAAGGGCAACAAGGCGGCCAGGCUCAAGAACAUCAUCCUGAGCGCGUGGUUGUCCGCCUACAGAGUGCCGGAUGAAGCGCUGGACAACGGCAAGGCUGUCCUCUUGCAUUUCCUGUCGACCCUCAACGGGGAAUCCGGCACGGAUCCCUUGCCGCUCCGGGAGACGUGCGAGUUCGCCUCCUUGGACUUCAUCUCCAAGAGACAGUCCGGUUUCGCGGGCAGGUCCGGGUUUUACCACGGAGUUGCGGAGAUUGCGAAAAAAGGGAACACCUUCAGGAAUGAUAUCCGGUUCUUCCACUUCGACGAUUCCGACAUGCAGGUCAAAGUGCGGGGCGCCGGACAAAUAGUGGAAAACGGACUCUUUUUCUAUGUCAUACUCACCAUCAUUCGAGACCAGUCGAGGAAUUUCACGCUCGAAAAAGCGCAGAUUGUUACCAGUAUCGACAGUGAGAAUAUGUUGGUUAAUCUGCUGCACAGUCCGCAGUUUUAAUUUCGUGCAACUGUGAAAAGUCGUGGAUAGACAUCAUAGAUUAAAGAAAUAAACAUAGAGAGGCCUUGUCUAUUGAUUGGCCCUUGGAGAUGAAAAUGAAGCCGGAAUUAUGGGAUACAGCCAUGGGCGCCCAUAUUCAAAAUUGUAGGGGGGGGGGGGGCUCAAACACUUUAACCAUGGUUUAGCAGGAUAUUUUUCCCAUGGAAACCGAUUUCAAGACAGAUUAGAGUCAUAAAAAUUUGACAUUUUUAAUAACUUAUUCUUUAACAGCUGGAAAAGAAAUGCUUUUACAUUUUUGCAAAGAAAAAAGUACUAAAAGCAA